UGACUUAACAUGGCGCCGCCCAGUGAAGGCCCCACGUUGCCGGUGCAGAAGUGACUGCUCCGUCCGCCGUCAUGGCCGCUCGGCAUAACAACAAGCUGCCGUUCAACCUGCCGCAGUUGCAGAACUUGAUCAAGCGGGACCCGCCGUCAUAUACCGAGGAGUUCCUUCAACAGUAUCGCCAUUAUAAAUCCAAUGUGGAAAUAUUCAAACUUCAGCCAGCAAAGCCCAAUAAAGAACUGGGUGAAUUGGUGAUGUUCUUGUCUCAGGUUGCCCAUUGCUACCCGAAAUAUCUAGAAGACUUUCCGCAACAGUUGAAGGAAUUGUUGUCCUAUUGUCACACGGUCCUGGAUCCAGAUCUUCGGAUGACGUUUUGCAGAGCUCUCAUCUUGCUACGAAACAAGAACCUGAUUAAUCCCACAAGCUUGUUGGAACUCUUCUUUGAACUCCUUCGUUGCCAUGAUAAAUUUUUACGAAAAACAUUAUACACCCACAUCGUUACCGACAUCAAGAACAUCAACGCCAAACACAAGAACAACAAAAUGAACACUAUGCUUCAGAAUUUCAUGUACACCAUGCUUCAAGACAGCAACCCAACCGCAGCCAAGAUUUCACUGGAUGUGAUGAUUGAGCUGUACAGAAGGAACAUCUGGAAUGAUGCCAGAACUGUGAAUGUCAUCACGCUGGCUUGUUUUUCCAAAGUCACCAAGAUCCAAGUGGCUGGCUUGACGUUUUUCCUUGGAAAAGAUGAAGAUGGAAAGAAAGGCAGUGAUUCAGAAUCUGAGGAUGAAGGUCCCUCAGCAAGAGACUUGAUGGUACGGUACGCCACAGGAAAGAAAACCACGAAGAACAAGAAAAAACUAGAGAAAGCUAUGCGCGUUUUAAAAGUGAGUAGUGUGGCUUGGUAG